CUACAAAAUCCAAAUCAAAAUAAUGAAAAAGAAAAUGUUGAUCCCACUUCUAAAGAACUCGAAAAAAAAAAAAAACGCAAGAAAACUGAGCUAGAAGUGUUAUCAAACAUCCCCCCAUCCAUUCAUUAUCCGAAAUUGGAUAAAAGCACCUCUACGACAAAAGCAAGCACCGCUCGCACUCCAUUCCCGGUAAUGAGCUGGACCUCAUUUAUUGAGGAAGUUCGAUCACAUCAAUUUAACAAUACGCAUAGAAGAUAUCCACCACCGUUAUUUAAAAAGUAUAAUAAAACUUAUGACAUUUCUAAUGAAGAAGACGUACGAUGUGCGUUAAAGAAUAACAUAUUAGACAACUUAAACAUAAUUACAAGUUCACAGCAACCAGUAGAAGUAUACAAACGAAUUUCAAAGGAGGAUAACGUAAGCGGUGGCCCUGAUUUUAUCUACAAGAGGGUUGGGAGAUUGUUACUAGAGGUCGAGGUGAAAACCCUUUGGGUUUUAAACAUUAAAGAUAACGA